AUGAAAGAGCAUGAGCUGUAUAUGAUGAAUAAAGUGAUUGAAAAUAUGCUCGGAAAGUCAAUAGAGCAGAGGUUCGAGGAGAUAGAGGUUGAAGAGCUAAGAGCGAAACGCCAAGCUGAAAUAGAUGCAGAAAUGAAGUUUAAAGGAAAAGGUGUUGAAGGUUCUGAAGUUGCAGAAAGAUCAAUAGUUCUAUCUACUGAUCGUGUUUCCCCUAUUCAGAAUCCUAUUCCUAUAUCUGCUGUAUCAGCUAUCUUCGAGGAAGAUGUUUUACUUGAAGAUAUUACUGCUGAAGUUGAUGAAGAGGAUGAUAGUGAAGAGGAUAACGAUGAAGAGGAUGACAAUGAAGAGGAUGACAAUGAAGAGGAUGAUAAUGAAGACAAAGUAUUCUCUGCUAGCAGUCACAGUGAUGACGAUGAUAAUGAUGAUGAUGACAAUCUGGGUGGUACUGGAGUUAAAGUGACUGAAGCAUCAAAUGAAAAGAAUGUUAAUGACUAUAUGAAUGAUGAUGCAAAUGAAGUAUCAGAGGGAGCUGAUGGAGAGGGGGAGAAAGUGGAUGAUCAGAAUGUGGACAAAGUUGAAAAGUUAAUCCUUCGUAUUGAGCCUGAUGUAGAAGGGGGAGAAAUCAGGCAUACAUAUACUUUGGAUGAAGUUCUGAAGAUGUUUAAUGUUAAUGAAAAUGAAUUCAAGUUUGAUUUUAAGGAAGAGUUGAAUGCGUUCGAUAUCAAUCAUCAACCUGAGUAUGAGUACAAGUAUGUUGAAGAGGCAGAUGUCUAUGAUAGGGUUGAGGUUGAGGAUUGUAUUGAUGAAGACAGUAUGAAUGAAGACACUUCUGAAUUUCCAACUCUGAUGGAGUUUUUCAGUCAAGAGAAUAGAGAUGAACUAAGGAGAAAAGUUGCUGAAAUUCUAAAAGAUAAGAACUUCGAUGGUACUACAAAAGAUCCUCCGAAAGAAGAACGCAAGAAGUGGUUUAGGAAUAGUAAUGAAAGGAGGUUCAAGCGUCCUUUGAAGUUUUAUCAGAGAGAUAGAGGUGUUUCGCUGGGAGAUAUCAUUAGCUGGGGAUUUCUACCUCAAGUUAAUGCAUAUGCUAUUAGAAGAGAAUGCGGUGUAUAG